UUUCUACUCUCUCUCCAUCAAUCAAAACUUUGCAUGGUUUUCCCCUCUCUCUUCCUGCCAUUGAAUUGGGAUUUGUAAGUGUGGGCUCUCUUUACUAAAAAAACCUUUUCAUGACUCUUAAAAAUCUCAUCACCACCUUCUUUAGACACAAGCACUUGUUCAACGACUGAAUUCCACCCCACCCUCUUCUUCUACACAUCAAGAAACACAAGUGAAAGAUUUAACCCAAUUCUUGUUCAUAAGCUAUGGAAGAUGAAAUGGUGUUUGAAGAUUCUAACAACAUCACCUCUUUCUUGAAUCCUUCUUCUCAAGUUCUUGAUUCUCUAUGGAUUUCCACCUCCUCUUCCACCUCUUUUCAUGGAGAAACCAACACAGCAACCACAAUGGCUCCGGUAAUCGGCGGCGAAACCCAAGACGAAAACUACUACGGUCAACCGGAGAAGAAACGGCGGCUCAUGGCGGAGCAAGUGAAGUUUCUCGAGAAAAGUUUCGAGGUCGAGAAUAAGCUUGAACCCGAAAGAAAAAUUCAGCUAGCAAAAGAGCUGAAUUUGCAGCCUAGACAGGUGGCGAUCUGGUUUCAAAAUCGCCGAGCAAGGUACAAGACGAAACAGCUUGAAAAAGACUACGAUUUCUUGAAAUCAGACUACGAUAAGCUCAAAUUGGAUUUCGAUUGCUUACAAAAAGACAAUAAUAAGUUAAAAAUCGAGGUUCAAUUUCUGAAAGAAAAGUUAGUCGAAAGGGGGAAAGCAAAACAAGAAGCAUUGGAAUGCGGGAUUCCCGCAAUGGAAAUGGAAUCAAAAGGUGGGAAACCAAAUCAGUUUCCGAUUGUAACUCAAAACGGGACCAAUGUGGUGAUAUGCAAAAACGAAGAUGCGAAUUCGGUUUCAGCCAAGAGUGAUAUUGUUGAUUCCAAUAGCCCACAUCAAGAUUCAAGUCAUUUGUUGGAAAACCAAUCUGAUUUUUCACAAGAUGAAGAUGAUAACGUGAGUGGAAAUGUUCUUCGGUUUCAGAAAUCUGAAUAUGAGUCUUAUUUUGAGAUGAGUGAGAGUGGUCUUGGAUACCCUAUUGUUGAUCAAAGCUUUUGGCUUUGGUCUUGA